AUGACGUGGAGCAUCAACUGGGACAAGGCGGACGGCUACGCGUUCUCCAAGCCGGCGCGCGCGGCGAUCGACAGUCUCGGCGGCAACAACCCGGGUCCGCGCCCGACGUCGGCCUCACCGCAACCAACGUCAGCCUCGCCCAAGCCAACGUCGGCGACGCCCACGGACGCUCCAUCAGACAAGCCCACGCCCAAGCCGUCUGACAAGCCCACGCCCAAGCCGUCUGACAAGCCCACGUCCAAGCCGACUGACAAGCCCACGGCCAAGCCUACCACUGGUCCUACGAGCCGCCCGACACCGACCGCCAAGCCGACCGCCAAGCCGACGAGUAAGCCAUCGACGGCUCCGACCACCAAGCCGACGAGCAAGCCAACGACGGCUCCGACCACCAAGCCGACGAGCCCACCGAGCAGCGGGUGUGGUUCGUGCACCAACUGCUACUAUGCGACGACCGACGCGUGCUUUGUGGGCUGGACAGCCGAGCAGUGCGGCACGAACGCGAUUUUCAAGUGGUGCGGUCCGACCGCGGUGGGUGCGUCGACAGAGCAUGACGACAUUAUCAUUGACGACCCGAUCUUUGAUGACGACGUGACGGACGUGGUGAUUGACGACCCGAUUAUCUGGGAGGAGUCGAGCUCGACGGACGGCGACGCCUAGUCGCUCAACCGUUGUCAGUGGCGUGUCCUUGUGUUGAAUCGACUCUGUUUUUUUACGCA